UAUGAACCUUGAACGAGGGGCAAAGUGUUAUGACCAAGAUAGAAAAGUUCAAAUAGCGUCUGUCUUAUGCCUCUCGUCAAUAGCAAGAAGACACGAAAUAGUGGAUUUGAUAGUUGAUUCUCACUAGGAAUACGUGUACACGAUCGUCUCAUUGUCCUAUCUCAUAGUUUGUGAGACGCAGAACUUCGCUAACAGCAAUGAAAAUGGUUUCUCCGCGAAGUCUAUUGCAGCUACGCAGCUUUUGUCGUUCCCAAAGUUCCGGCAAAUUUCUGGCAGCAGCCGAAAGUGUUUCAAUUGGCAGGAGAGAAUACUCAUCGAAAGAAAGUUUAGUUUCCGUUGCUGUCAACGACAAAACGGGUGUUGCCACUGUCACAAUGGGGAGGCCUCCAGUGAAUGGCAUGAAUUUAGAACUGAUCCAAGAACUGACUAGCACUUUAGAGUCUCUAGAGAAAAAUAAAUCGAGAGGCAUGAUUCUCACUUCAGCUUUCCCCACAGUUUUCAGUGCUGGUUUGGAUAUUAUGGAAAUGUACAGGCCAAAAGCAGAUAGAGUGAGAGCAUUCUGGACGGCACUGCAAGACAUGUGGCUGAAACUUUAUAGUACUCCGUACCCAACUGUUGCUGCUAUAAAUGGUCAUAGCCCAGCUGGUGGUUGCUUGUUGUCAGUAAGUUGUGAAUAUCGUGUGAUGGUUGGACCAAAAUUCACUAUUGGGUUAAAUGAAACACAACUUGGAAUUGUUGCACCCACAUGGUUUCAGUUAUCAUUUAGAAAUGUUGUUAAACAUCGUGAUGCAGAAAUGGCUUUGACUCUGGGAAAAAUGUUCACCACAGAAGAGGCAUUAAAGAUUGGUCUUAUAGAUGAAGUCGCCUCAGAUGCUAAAGAUGCCAUUGGAAAAGCAGAAAAAUUUAUAGGACAAUUUGCCAAAAUUUCACCUGUGGCACGAAGUAUGACCAAGGUUCAGUACAGAGCAGAAACAAUUAAUUGGCUAGUGAAGAACAAAGAAUCAGACUUAAAUCAGUUCUUGACAUUUGUAAAUGAUCCUAAAGUGCAAAAGGGACUCGAGCUUUAUCUUGAGUCACUGAAGAAGAAGUAAACUUCCUUUGCAAUUUGCACUUUUCCUACAAAUAAUGACUUUGAUAACUGCAAAGGUAUCACUGUCAAAAAGAAACAGGGUAGCAGAAGACCUGCAGAUUAUUACACCAUGAAGCUUAUAAGCUGUGGUCUCCUGUACAUAUUUGCCUUUUUGCGAGUACACAAAAGCUUGCACCUGUAUUUUUUUUAGAAAUAAUUUUGAAGAUACCAUUGUAUAAACCUGCUGGAAAGUGUUAUUGUAUUUUUAGAACAUUUGUUGCAUUUGUAAUUUUAUACUGUAUAUACAUGUUGUCAAUAAAAUAUUGAUAUUGCUGUAA